GGGUGCCGGGCGGCGCGCCCGCCCCGCCCCCGUCCCCGCCCGCGGGCAGCCCGGGGCAGGGCCUGCAGCUGCGGCCGGAGAGCCGCGACCGGGCAUGGGCUGGCGGCCGGCGGCGGAGGGCGGCUGAGGACUGCCGAGGGUCCGCGCCGUGGCCUCCCGUCGCCGCGCACGCUCCGCCGGACGGUGCUCCUGCCUGCAGCGGGCACCGAGCCCCCUGUCCUCAAAGACCCGGCCCCGCGGAGGCAGCGGCGGCUGGUGGUUCUCGCGGUCCCGCUCUGCGCCCGGCCGGGCGGGCGGCGCUGCCGCGGCGCGAUGCGUUGAGCACGCGGAGGGCUGGUGGGCAGCACCCGGAGCCGACCCCAUGGAAGCGGUGGGCGCCGGGCGGAGCCUGCGGGCGCGGCUGCCUCCGCUGCUGCUGCUGCUGCUCCUGCAGGUGGCGGGGCCGGCGGGCGCCCUGGCGGAGACCCUGCUGGACGCUCCGAAGGCCGUGGGCACCAGCUCCAGCCCGCCCAGCCCCGCGAGCGUGGUGGCUCCCGGAACGACGCCGUUCGAGGAAAGCCGGCUGCCGGUGUUUACCCUGGAUUACCCCCACGUGCAGAUUCCCUUCGAGAUCACCCUAUGGAUCUUGCUGGCCUCUCUGGCCAAGAUAGGCUUCCAUCUUUAUCACAAGCUGCCCACCAUAGUGCCCGAGAGCUGCCUUCUCAUCAUGGUUGGCCUGCUGCUGGGCGGGAUUAUUUUUGGUGUGGACGAGAAGUCUCCCCCCGCGAUGAAGACGGAUGUGUUUUUUUUGUAUCUCCUCCCGCCCAUCGUGCUCGAUGCCGGCUAUUUCAUGCCCACUCGGCCGUUCUUUGAGAACAUUGGCACCAUUUUCUGGUACGCUGUGGUAGGGACCCUGUGGAACUCCAUUGGCAUCGGGGUGUCUCUGUUCGCCAUCUGCCAGAUCGAAGCGUUCGGCCUCAGCGACAUCACGUUGCUCCAGAACCUGCUCUUCGGCAGCCUCAUCUCAGCAGUGGAUCCUGUGGCUGUGCUCGCUGUCUUCGAAAACAUUCACGUCAACGAGCAGCUCUACAUCCUGGUGUUCGGAGAGUCCCUGCUGAAUGACGCGGUCACAGUGGUCCUGUACAACCUAUUCAAGUCCUUUUGCCAGAUGAAAACCAUUGAGACCAUUGAUGUGUUUGCAGGAAUUGCUAACUUCUUUGUUGUGGGAAUCGGUGGGGUGUUGAUUGGCAUCUUCCUGGGAUUUAUAGCAGCAUUUACUACUCGAUUCACACAUAAUAUCCGAGUGAUUGAGCCACUCUUUGUUUUCCUGUACAGUUAUUUGUCCUACAUAACAGCCGAAAUGUUUCACCUCUCUGGCAUCAUGGCAAUCACUGCUUGUGCAAUGACUAUGAAUAAGUACGUGGAAGAAAACGUGUCCCAGAAAUCCUACACGACCAUCAAGUACUUCAUGAAGAUGCUGAGCAGUGUCAGCGAGACCUUGAUCUUCAUCUUCAUGGGCGUGUCCACCGUUGGGAAGAACCAUGAGUGGAACUGGGCCUUCGUCUGCUUCACACUGGCCUUCUGCCUCAUCUGGCGAGCACUGGGUGUCUUUGUCCUGACUCAGGUCAUUAACUGGUUCCGGACCAUUCCCCUGACCUUUAAGGAUCAGUUCAUCAUUGCCUACGGAGGACUCCGAGGCGCCAUCUGCUUCGCACUUGUGUUCCUGCUUCCCGCUGCCGUGUUCCCUCGGAAGAAGCUCUUCAUUACAGCUGCCAUUGUUGUCAUAUUCUUUACUGUUUUCAUUCUGGGAAUAACCAUCCGCCCACUGGUGGAGUUUCUCGAUGUAAAGAGGUCUAAUAAGAAACAGCAAGCAGUCAGUGAAGAGAUCCACUGUAGGUUUUUUGAUCAUGUGAAGACUGGGAUUGAAGAUGUUUGUGGACAUUGGGGUCACAACUUUUGGAGAGACAAGUUUAAGAAGUUUGAUGAUAAAUACCUGCGAAAACUUUUAAUUCGGGAAAACCAACCCAAGUCAAGCAUUGUAUCAUUAUAUAAAAAGCUUGAAAUAAAACAUGCCAUUGAGAUGGCAGAGACUGGAAUGAUAAGUACUGUUCCUUCUUUUGCAUCUUUAAAUGAUUGUCGUGAAGAGAAAAUAAGGAAACUCACACCUGGUGAAAUGGAUGAAAUUCGAGAAAUAUUAUCAAGGAAUCUCUAUCAAAUACGGCAGCGAACUUUGUCCUACAAUAGACACAACUUGACGGCCGACACGAGUGAGAGACAAGCCAAGGAGAUUCUGAUCCGCCGGCGGCACAGUUUGCGAGAAAGCAUCAGGAAAGACAACAGCUUGAACCGAGAGCACAGGGCUUCAACUUCAACCUCCCGAUAUUUAUCCUUACCUAAAAAUACAAAGCUUCCAGAAAAGCUACAAAAGAAAAAGAAUAUUUCUAAUACAGAUGGCAAUAGCAGUGACUCAGACGCAGAGGCCGGCACCACUGUGCUCAAUUUGCAGCCCCGAACCAGACGCUUUUUGCCAGAACAGUUCUCCAAGAAAGCACCCCCAUCUUAUAAAAUGGAAUGGAAGAAUGAAGUAGAUGUUGAUUCCAGCCGAGGACAACCCUGUACCCCCCAAGCACCUCACGGGGGCAGCCAGAUGCCAGGUGUACUACGGCAGCCCCUUCUCUCUAAAGACAAGUUUGGCCCUGGAAGGGAAGACAGUUUGACUGAAGGCAGCCCACCCAAGCCACCCCCAAGGCUGGUCCGGAGGGCAUCGGAACCUGGAAACCACAAAGGCCGAUUUGGGAGCGAGAAACCUUAGUGGAAGUGACCGAAGCUGACCUGAUGGACUGGCCCAGCACAGUGCCUGACACAGCCCUGGAAUCCACUUAAAACUCUGUGCAUCUAAGUACUUUCCCUGGGUGGUAGAGUCAUGCCGCUGAUGAGUGGCAUGCGUGCUUAUCUUAAGAAAAGGAAAAUCAAUGAAAAAUGUCCCACGAAAUGUCUUUUGUGACUCGUGGCCAGCAAUAGUAUUCUUUGCAGGCGUAAAGAAAAAAAAAAGUGUGCCUUUAUUGAACUUGAACGACAGAACUUGAAAUUUUUAAUGCAUCCUUGUUGGUAAAAAUUUUAAUAUAUUACAUAUAUGUCUUAAAUUUUAUUUAUAAAAAAAUAUGUAUAUGUGUAAUCAGAUUUUAAGUGAAUGGCAUUAAAUGGAGGGAGGAUAUCUGUCUGGGGUAGAGACCAGUUGCUGGAGGGUAGGUCCUACGCUCAGGGCAGGCGCCUUUCCCUGUGCUGAGCUGAGGAACCAGAUGGUAAAGAGAUGGCCCAAAGUAGAGACAUCUCCUGACUGGAACUGGGGGAACAGUGAGCGUACCUCUGCACACAGAGUGGCCGGGCUCCCAGAGCCCAGAUCGGAGGUCCCAGGACUCCUGUGAGAUAAUGAGAGUCAGCUGGUUUGUAAUUUGUUCCUCUGUCUGCUGUGUGUUUUGGAAUGACCUGUAAGUUCCAUCUCCCCUUCUUGUUUAAAUGGUGCAAAGGCCAAUGCUGCUCGGGUGAAACCAGAUUCAUGUGUUUCACAGACCUGGUAGAAGCUUUUGUUGUAGUUCCACCCGUGAGGACCCAGGUCACGAGUGGGAGUUGGGGCAGCGCCUGCUUGCAGCUUGUUGGUGGGUUUUCUGUUGUGCAAUACUUGGAGGAGGGUGCAGGUGAUUCCUUUCGUGCACCUGCUCUGAUAGAAUCUUUCUGUAGAACAUUCUUUGACCUGUGAGGCUCCAGGUCAGAGGCUCCAGGCAAAGAUGAAAGUUUCUACAAACAACAUUACAAUGUGUAACAAAUUGGUGCGAUUUUAGGUUUUGAAUUUUAUUCAGGAAGCACUUUGGAGAAUGUGGGAGUCCUAUUUUUUUUUUGUUUAUUUUUGCACUAGUCUAUAAUUUGUUACCUCUCCUCUUUCAAUUAUUUAGUAACUCAGAUUUUCUUACACAAUUGGAGUCUACUCAUUGGAAUAUUUUUUCAGAGUACAGCAGAAAGAAAGAAGUAGAGCAUAAUCAGUAAAGAUUAGUAUUUGAAUCUCUGUCUCCGAAACUGUAGAUUUUAUUGACUUUAUUUUCCCCCCUAAAUAAUUCCUCCUUAAAAUUUCCUUGGAACAAGACUCAAAAUUUCUAGGUAUAGAUGUUAAAUGAAGCCUCUCGUGUAGUUGCCUUGGUUUCACAUUGGAGAUAAAGCAGAGGCUACAACUGCCUACUGUAGUAUUGGGAGAAAAUGAAUAAAUUAAACAAAAAGACAAAAUCCUCAGCUGUGGUUCUCCACCCCCACCAACAUGGAGAAGUAAACCUACCCUUUUUUCCUCAAGUUCUAAAAUAUUAGACUACUGCUAGAUUGUUGGGCAUGAGACAGAGCAAAAAACAGACCUAUUACAUAAGGUACAUAUUCAGAACAGUUUCUUAAUCCUUGGAGAGUAGCGUAGAAUGCAAUUUGGAAACUGCAAGCUUAGGACUCUGUGCCAAAAAUCUUAAUUUUGAAUUAAAUGAAAGUAUUUAUAUAAAUGAAAAUGUUUAUAGAAAAUAUAUAUUUCUUCUGAAGGUAAAUUAAAACUGACAUAGAGUUUUAUUAUGAAAAUAUGAUUCAUUACGAGAUGUGAUGUGUAUUUUUGAGAAUGCUGAGUCGAUUUUCAGAAUAGUUAUGGUUUAUGAAAUCUGAAAAGAUACAAAUUGAAAAUGAACUUAACAAAUUUUCUCAUUUUUUUUCCUAGUUUCCUAUAUUAAUAACUAUUUUUAAGAAGUCUAACUUUCUGGAACUGAAGGAGAAAACGUGAAAAAUUCUAUGUCGCUUCUAGGUAGACCAAAUUCAGCUUUCAGUCAUUAAAAGUCGCAAAAAGAAAUUGUAUGACAGUGUGUAAAUUUCUGAAAAGCAACACCUAAGUCACUUGAUCUUAAUUAUUGUCAGUUUAAAAUUUUUCUUAUUUGUUGAAUGACAAAGGCAAUCAAAAUAAAUUUGACAUCAUUUAACUUUUUAUACUUUCUUCUUUUUAUAAUUAUUAAAUUCUAGUUACCAUAGAAGGAGAAGGUAUGAAGGUGAAACCCUUUAAAUUCCAUAAACAUCUGAAUUUCUGUGGUACAGAAAGCCACAGCCUUUGGUAAAUGACUCCCUUUGUUCAAACAUUUGAUCCAACCAGAGUUCCAACAUGGCUAUAGAAUUUGGAUAGGUCAGGUCUUCAGUGUUGGUUGUAAUAAAAUUUAAUUUGGACCACCUAUAAGAGUCAGGGCUUGUUGAUUACUUUAUAUAUAAUGCUAAGGGCUGAUUGUGGCAGACAGUUAUGCCAAGUAGUAAAUUACAAAUUGGCUUGAAAGUCUGAUACUUUCAAAGGCAUGUGUUUUGUCUAUAUGACCCCAAAUGUCCCUGAUGAACUUUCAGCUUUUGCUAAGCUUCAUAGUGGGGUGUACUGUUUUACUUGGGAGCACGGGUGUUCAAUUAUAUAAAAAGCAUAGAAAAUGUCUCAGCACAUUUUGCAUUGGUUGCCCCAGGACUCAUGUUUAUGUUAAAACUGGCAUCUCAUAAUCAACUAUGAGAACUAUAAUAUUUUGUUAGUUCAAAGUGCUUACCAAAUUUUAUUCUUCAAAGAGUGAUUAAAGAGAUUGCUUUGUCCAGAUGAAGAAGCUGUUGUUGGCAUUACCUGCUGAGGCCUGAACACCACGUUCUGAUCCUUCAUGCACCUGAACAAGAAAGCUCGUGACUCUGAGCAGACUGCCAUCUGGGCUUUGUUUUGUGUUCUUCACUUUUAGAGCAAAGUUCUAACUGCUACGUUAUAUUCCACUUUUCAACCAGGCCCUUUCUUCAACUCCCUGCUAAGGAAAGCAGAAGACCCGUUUCGGCACUGGGCUGUAUGGCACUGCCCAGGGCUCUUUGUCCCUGACAGAUGACAGUUUUCUUCUGAAUUCCUCCAGUGUCACCCAUGCCACACCUAGCCAACUCCCUCAGAUGUGGUUAGUUACUACAGGAAUGUGCAGGUGAAACACCCAGAUGGGAUGUUUCCAAAGACUUUAAUGUUGUGCUGGCACAUUGUUUUUGAUCCCUUUUGUUUUUCUUUCUUUCUUGUUUGUUUUUGCAAUUUUUCAGAUAAAAUUUUAUUUUACUACCUCUAAGUAUAGCCAAUGAACCGGGAGUCCAUUCUCCUCACUGUAUGGUCAAGGAAUGAGUUUUUCUAGGUACAGAGUUAACCUGUCUACUGUCAAUGGAUUAUCAUCAAAUUUUCAGUCCACACAGCAUAUGGAUUAUUUUGAAUGAUUCAGGACCGACUGCAGAACCUUUCAGUGUGUCUUAGAGGUUUCAUGGGAAUCCAUUUCCUCCUACUGUAGGGUACAGAAAUCUCAUUCCACCUGAAUGAUAUGACCAGUGUACAGAAGGCCACAGUAAUGGUGAUUUUUCUGAUUGUCACUUCUGUAACAAAAUAUCUUGAAUUAAAAAUACAAAUGUUUUUCCCCCUUUUUAUUUCAUUGGCUCCUAUUGAAACAUAAGUAUGACUAGUAACUAAAUUUCUAAUUUAAAUGAGGCCCUUUGCAUCCAGUCAAGGUAACUCUGCUUGCUAACAAAUUUUGUAUAUAUAUGUAACAACAAAGGAAAUGUUUCCUUAUUUCUAUGAAAACUCUUACAGAAGUUUAAAUAUUAAAUCACAUGAAAACAUGUUAUUUAAUCACUUAUGGAGAAAAUUCUAUAUCACAUGAAAACGGAAAAGUUCCAGAACUUCCAAGUUUUAUAUUUAUAUGUCACCGUACUCAUUUAUACUAAAUAGGGUUAUGAUAGCUGGAUUCUUGAAAAGUUAAAAAUUUUAGAGUAUUAAAAAUUUCAAUUCUGUUAGUUUCAAGUACACAUAUCUUAAAGUAGGCUAACUGUAUUACUGUGUAACAGACUUGAUUAGAGGAAUAAAUGUUUUAAUUGGUUCAUUUUCUAUGUAUAAACAAACAUGUAAAGGGUUUAAAAAUAAUGUAUGCUCUAAAAAUAUUAAAUACUGCCUUUCUAAGCCAACCCAAACAAAAGUAGUUAAUGCUAAUCACCAAUCAUUGUCUUACCAAAUGAUUUUUAAAGAUUAUGCAGAGAUGUGUAUUAACACAAAAUCAAAUUUUAGACUUCUACCAAUACAUAGUUUGCACCUGAUUAAUAAACAUUUGCUAUGUUUGUCACCUUAAUUGCCUCUUCCUAUCAGCCAUCUAUUAAUAGUUUAAGUCUUUUUCUUUAACUAGAAAGUUAUUUUGAAUGGCACUUAUGUCCAGCGUGUUACUGAUUCAAAAGAGACGGCGUGGUGAAGGUACUUCGAAGGUAACUGAAGAAAAUUCUCACCACUGUCAGAGACUGGCCUUGCCAGGACGUUCAUACUCAGACCUGUUCAUCAGUCAUACGGUACAGACUUUCAAGGAAAACAUGUACCAGUCACAUGAAUAUAGACCACAAGGGCCAGGCCCUGGAGUCAGCAACAGAACAUCUUUAUUACAUUAGAUUUAUUUUGGAUAUUUCGUUUGACUUCAAUUUCAUUAAAUAAACUCUGGACAGGUUUAGGUAAGUACACUGUCACACCAAAAAGUAAUUCUCAGUCUGGAUGAGAGCCUGAGAAUCAACCAUUCAAAAUAGAGAAGAGAUUCUUUGAUAAGUCCAAAGAAAGGUUAUCUCUAAUCUAUGUUGUAAAUUGCAAUCAUUUUUUUCCUCCACAGUGUGUGUGUUGGAAAAAAAGAUUUUUAUCUAUUAAGAUUUAGUAUAGUUUAAAUGAAGACUGGUAAAAAUUUAAUUCCUUGUUAAAAUAAGAUCCUAUAGUUCACUAUAAUGCCUUGUAAGUUAUAAGUAAUAAUUAACACUUCCUCUUCAAUGUUGGUAAUUAUCUUCUCCCCUCAGGAAGCAGCCAAAAUGCUUUCAAGUCUCUUUACAAAAUAAGAAUCAGCACUAUUUCUUAAAAUGUAUUAAAUUUGGAAAACAGAACUUUUGUUUUUAUUGUUUUAAUAGAGAACUAUUAUAUAUAAUGGUGAGUUGAGAUGAC